AUGUCUUCCUGCAGGCGCUUUGGAACAAAAUGUGCAUCAUGCCAACAGGGGAUCCCGCCGACGCAGGUUGUGCGGAAGGCGCAGGACUUUGUGUAUCACCUGCACUGCUUCGCAUGCAUCAUGUGCAGCCGGCAGCUGGCCACCGGGGACGAGUUUUACCUCAUGGAGGACGGGAGGCUGGUGUGCAAGGUGGAUUAUGAAACAGCAAAGCAAAACGAUGAUUCGGAGGCGGGGACCAAGCGACCGAGGACCACCAUCACCGCCAAACAGCUGGAGACCCUCAAAAGUGCCUACAAAAACUCGCCGAAGCCAGCACGCCACGUCAGAGAGCAGCUUUCCUCAGAGACGGGACUAGACAUGAGAGUGGUGCAGGUUUGGUUCCAGAACCGACGAGCAAAGGAGAAGCGUCUGAAGAAAGACGCAGGUCGACAUCGCUGGAGUCAGUUUUAUAAAAGUGUCAAACGCAACCGAGGGGGAGCCAAAGUGGAGAAGGAGAGCUCGGCUGAUGACGCAGGCCUCAGUGACAGCGAGCUGAGCUUCAGAGAAGACCAGGUCCUGUCAGAUCUCGGCCACACCAAUGGGCUUUACGGGAGCGUCGGCGACAUGACCAGCAGCGCGGUGCUGAACGGGGGCUUCUCUGUCGACGCAGCGGGCCAGCCUUACCACGACAUCCGAGCAGGGAGCCCCUACGGACUCCCUCAGUCGCCCUCCUCCAUCACCUCUCUGUCCGGCCACACCCCUCUCCUCAACAACCUGGGCUUCAACAUGGACAGUCUGGUGGCGCAGGGGGGUGCAGGCGGGGUGGGGCAGGCUCUGAGGGCCAUGGCAGGGGGCCCCACCUCAGACCUCUCGACGGGCAGCAGUACGGGAUACCCUGACUUCCCCACCAGUCCCGCCUCGUGGCUGGACGAGAUGGACCAUUCCCAGUUUUGAGUCUCGAACACAGGCAGAAGACAAAACAGACUUAAGAGGCUUUUUUACAUUUCUUUCUUUCACCCUCCAAGACUAGUAGGUUUUGUGAUGCUGGGUGAAGAGCAGAAGGAAGAGAAGAAGUGUGACUCUCAGUACCUCCUCAGUGAGGUGUAGCCGCCCGGGUCCAGAUGUGUAGUCCAGAGAAAAGCAGCGAGGAACUCCGCCGCACCGCUGAAUGUUCAGUCUCAACACUGUAUCAUACGACGUUUGUUAUCACUUGACUUUAUUUUGUUCUUUCACUCUCUGAAAAUGAGAAUGGAUUUCCAAUAUGUCGGUGGAAUUACGCUCACAGGGGAGGUAAUAUUGUCUCGUCCUCCCCUAAAAUAACUCACCCCAACUCUAACAGCUACAACAUUAGGGCUAAAUCUCGAUCACAGGCCCUACGAGACCCCGGAGGCGCCUGCAUGCUUCUGAUUCCCGAGUAGGACUGCUGUCCGGCCAUAUCGAAGCCUUUACAUUGGCAAUGCACUUUAUUCUCCUCUUCUUUUUCUACACAUGUGGACAGGAAUGCAGAGGAAAAAGAGAGAAACAGGGGGAGAGACAUGCACAAGACAAAAACACAGUGUUUCAUUGGGUGAGAAAAUUUACAAGAACAGUGGCACAAGUGUGAAUUUUGAACCAUGCUGAUGUUUUUUAAUGUAUUGCUGAAGCUUACAAGUUAUUAGGAAGUAGAUGGUCUGUGCGUCUGUCCGUCUGUCCGUCCAUAGAAGCUGAUGUCUCCUCUGUUUGAGGACGUACACUGUUUGCUACACAGCAGGUCUCUCUUCUAUAUUUAUAGGUGCUUGACUUGUUCUCGUCUGUGUAAAAGCUGUCUGAGAGCGGACGUCUGUCAGUAUUAAAUUAUCUUGUUUCCAGACUCACCAGGAAUCAAAGCUCGUGUGCUGGAUGGAGGACAGUCAAGGCGUUUUGGGGUCUGGAGAAAAUUCUAGUAAUAUAUCACACAUCUAAAUUAUUAAUUUAUUCCUUUUGAAUGCACAGACAAAUGACAAGGAGACACACAUGAGUGAGUCAUUUGCAGAUAUUAUUCAACAAAUAAAAUGGUUACACACAUUUAAAAUAUCUAUUCGACAAAACACCAACAAGUAUUUGCAGGAAGGAAAUUCUCAGUGUUCGUUCUUCUGUUUGGUCAAUCUGACUCCGGCUUCUCUUGCUAAUCUACUCUAGUGCAGCAGAGCUCUGGCUUUGCCUGCUAUCAACCUACUUACUGACCCCAGAUGUGUUGUCAGCCUGUGCAGUUCUCCCGCUGCCUGGCCUCCAUGUCAGAGGGAUUACCACCCUGCCACCCCCAACCCCACCCCCAUUCAGCGCUGACACUCUCCUGUCACAUCGCUCCUCAGCAUCUGCUCGGCUGAUGGGUUUUCUUACACUUCAACAUCAGCUGCAUCCUAAAGUCCCUUGAAACACAGGACAACAGGUUAAAAAAAGUGGAUCCUGUUUCUGAUGCUCCUGAAAUACAAAUUUUAUUUGAGCCAAGUGGAAACGGUUCUAUCUGACCUGGUGACCAUUUCAAAACCAGUGGUUAUUUUUGAUCUGAAAGAAGGUUUGCUUAAAAAAACGAUCAGAAAUCAAAAUCUGUUCGGUCACCUUUCCCUGAAAAAUUGCCAAGUCUUUUUUUUCUACCAGAGCAUCUGAUUUGAGAGCCAGAAAGCAAAUCAACAAACAGAAAGCAACACCACUGAGACAAUUUUGAAAACUGGCCACAAUUUACAUUGUAAUUAUCGGAUGAGUACAUGGUAUCAAUAAAAGACGUAAACUUACUGAGUAGCUACACUUUUUAGGUAAUAUGUAAGUACAGGGGAAUAAAGGAGUGAAACUUUGUCUA